AUGAGUGGCGCGUUUCUUCCGAAUGCAACGAUACGUGAGCAAUUCGUCAAAAGUACCGUAUUUACUGUUGCUCACCGUUUGAACACAAUUAUGGAUUAUGACAGGUCAGCAUUUGAAGACAAAAGAAAAAUCAUGGUGCUGGAUCAUGGCCAGAUCAUCGAAUUUGACUCCCCAUCAAAACUACUAGGAAAUCCGGAGUCCGCAUUUGCCAAAAUGGUUCAAGACUCUAAUUCCGAAUCAAAGAGUUCCUGA